AUGUUGGUUCAUGGUUAUUGGCUUCUUAUAAGCCAAAACACCAUCUAUCUAUCACAGUUUGUUCAUAUCUAUCUAUCCAUCCAUCUAUCUAUCACAGUCUGUUCAUAUCUAUCUAUCUAUCUAUCUAUCUAUCUAUCUAUCUAUCUAUCUAUCUAUCUAUCUGUUAUGGAUAUCGGACCACAAUCUGAAUAUUAUCUAUCUAUCUAUCUAUCUAUCUAUCUAUCUAUCUAUCUAUCUAUCUCAAUCGGGAAAAGAUGUACUUUGUUGUUUGGAACUCCUCAUUAUCUAUCUAUCUAUCUAUCUAUCUAUCUGAAACUCCUCUAUAUCUAUCUAUCUAUCUAUCUAUCUAUCUAUCUAUCUGAAACUCCUCAAUAUCUAUCUAUCUAUCUAUCUAUCUAUCUAUCUAUCUAUCUAUCUGAAACUCCUCAAUAUCUAUCUAUCUGGAUGCGUGGAUAG